CUGCGCGGACGUCAGUCGGGCAGCUUCAAACAUAAUGGAGGCAGAUGGCGAGCCUCAGCCAAAGGUCAAGAGCGAGGGCGCCGUGAUCAACCUGGUUGUCAAGGACCAACAAGGCACGGAGGUUCACUUCAAGGUGAAGACCAAGACCCGACUGGAGAAGGUGUUCAACGCCUAUUGCAACAAGAAGGGCAUGGAUACUGCCUCGGUUCGCUUCCUCUUUGAUGGGGAGCGCGUCAACGCCAACUCCACGCCAGAGCAGCUCGAGAUGGCGGACGGGGACGUCAUAGACUGCGUUAUCGAGCAGGUCGGCGGCGGCGUCUCCGCAUGACGCACGGCCUCUGAUGCAGGGACGGGACCGAGUUGAGAUUAGGGUAGCCCGUGCGGGUGCCAGGUCGGGGCAGUUACUGCACGCGGCACAGACUGGGAGCUGUUAUGUGCUACACAUACGUGCGGUGCCAAGCAUCCCUGUGAAUGGUUUGGAUUAGACGGUUGGGCUGGGUGUGUUGGGGGGCCGCCCGCAAACCGCAGAUGAAUUCAGUCGGUAGAGCAGACAGUACUUGGUGCCGUUGCAGCAGCGUCUCGCAGUGAUGUACGGCGGAGUGAUAGAUGGGAAGGCUGAGAAUGGAAAUGCCUUUGGCUGCAUUGCGUCAAGAGUUGCGAACGGUUAGGUUAGGCGUGGCCGAGUGGUAGUCGAGUGCAGCCGGCAGGGGCCCCUGCAGAGGAUGGCAGAGGAGCUAGGCGAGGGCCCGGAAGAGCAGGUCGACAACGUGUGACAAGCAAUGGAUGCGCAGGGGUGAGCAGGGGUGAGCACGCUGACUACUUAGAUUCAGAUGGCUCGUCAUAUUUGUAAUAUCACAUGAGA